UCCAACGAUCCGAUUUGUGUUGGGAACAUCGAUUUACGCACUUGUUAAUAUGGCCGGUGAAUGGUGAAUGAACUUGAUUGGGUCAUGCAGAGAAAUCGUAGAACCAAAUCCCGAAUUGAUUAUCGAUCCUUACACGAAGGGAAUUGGAACAGUAGUGUGUCCGAUAUAUCUGAAACGAACCCUCAAGAACUGUCUAUAAACAUUGCAAAUCAAGAGGACCUAUUAUUCGCUUCGUGUGCAGGAAUGGCUGAAGGGGGUAAAUCUGUCACGCCCCGGGCUAAUCGCAGUCUAGAGAACGUUUGCAUCGAGUCUCCUUUGGUUAGUGAUGUGGACAAGCGCCUUGAGGAGGCAGACCGGGAGAUCGCGCUGUUAGAGAAAAAACUGGAGUCGGCCAGAUUGAACAGUGCAUUAAAGGACAGAAGGAAGAAGCGGGAUGAUCUUCAGAGGCAGUUAGAUGACAUCCAGCAGGAUCAGCCUCAAUCAGCAGCGACUGGCCUUGGUUCAGACACUGCCUGGUCACAGCUUAGGAAAGAUCUCAAGGUGUCCGCUAGAGCAGCCUUCGCUGAGGGUACUUAUAGAAAUUUCCGUACACAAUGGAAAGCUUAUUUUCUGUUUUGCGAAGCGUUCCGGAAACAGCCGUUGCCGGUAAGCACGGAGAUUAUAUGCCUUUACGCUCAGUGUCGAUUCUAUUCGCAACUAUAUAGCGGGAGUCAAAACUCUUCACAUGUUGCUAAACUCAAAGUAUGA